AUGCGCCCGUCACUGUCGUCGUCUACAACGACCCCCAACCGUGGCGAAAAGGGCUGCAACGAGGAGUGCCUUCAUCACCGCCGCCGCCGAGCGGACAGUGCGCCGUUUACCGCGUCGAAGCGCCAGAAAACAGACGACAACGACGCGCGUCGUGGCGAUCGCGAGCCUGCGCGCGCGCCCGCGAGUGGUUUCUUUGUCCGUCUCGCACGUUAUAUUCCUAUUGUGAACAGGUUUGUGGCGGAGGAAGACGUGGGUACGAAUGUGGAUUUGGAUGUCGGCGCGGACGCUGGUGUUGAUGACGACACGGACGAUGUAGAGUCGUCGGUCUUGAAGACAUGUGACCAGAUUCGGACGACGCAAGAGGACUUUGGUGAAGAGGGCGAGGGACGGGACCGUGAUGGUGGUGAAGAUGGAGGCGAAGAUGAAAAAAGGUCAAGGGAAGAAGAAAGUUGCCACAAGACUGUCGCCUCCGCGCAAGUGUCGUCGUUCAAGGCCGCCGUGUGA